AUGGGUAUCGAGCGUGUCCUCUUGCAGACAAUGAAAUUCGACCUCCAAGUUGACUUACCUUAUCAAUAUCUCAUAGAUUAUUCCAAGAAGUUCAAGCUCACUAAAACAGAGAUCAAUUCCCUAGUUCACACGUCAUGGACUUUUGUAAACGAUAGUGCUUUUACGACAUUGUGCCUGAUUUGGGAGCCACAGUGCCAUAUUUUUUUAUUUGAAGGUGAUCGCUGUUGCCCUUCUCCACCUUGCGAUAUAGCAAAUUUGUCAAACAGCCUUAUAGAUGAUAUAUGUCAUAAGCUCCAUCCAGGUGCCACACCGCCUAACACCAAUUGGUACUCAUGUAACGUCACUGAUCCACUGGCUGUUAGUGCUCUAGCACGAGCCAAGACAGAAUCGUGCAUAAGAAAGAUUACCGAUGCUGCCUGUAGAUUGAAAAACGGUGCCUUCCAUGACCAGUUCCCUGAAAGCCAAUGUGGAAACCACGACUCUUCACUGAUUAAUAUGCGGGUUGGAUGUUUCAAGGACCACAAAAAUAACCGAACUUUAAAUGGGUUUUCAUACGAGUUCAAGAGUGAUAAUUCCGCGGAGAAAUGCCGGUCGUUUUGCUACAGAGCCGGUUUCGUUUAUUACGGGUUAGAAUUUGGUCGCGAAUGCUUUUGUGGAGAUUCAAUACCAAGCAAGCCUAUCAGCCAAGAGCGAUGUAGCGAAUACAAAUGUAGCGGAAAUACUUCUCAAACAUGUGGAGGAUUCAACGCUCUUGAGGUCUUUCACACGGGUUUGAAAAGAGCUCAUCUAAUGCCUAAAGCGAUUUUCGAAACAAAUUCCGAUAUUGAUUCGAAGAGGCCUCGUAUCUUAUUUUUAUUGCAGCUGAAUGGUAGAAAUGAGCGUCAGGUCAAGAGACUUCUCAAAGCGCUUUAUUCUCCUUUUCAUUACUACUAUAUCCACGUUGACAAGCGUCAGCUUUACAUGCUCACAGAAAUGAAAGCUGUCGCUGCAAAGUUGUCGAAUGUGUUCGUGGCGCCGGAUGCUCAUAGCACUAUUUGGGGUGGCGCUUCUUUAUUGACCAUGGUGCAAGAUACUAUUCGUCGUUCCAUUGUCACGCCAUCACUCUCUGAUUGGGACUACCUCAUCAAUCUAUCGGAAAGUGAUUUUCCUGUCAUGACUCUCAAUGAGUUUGAAACGCAGCUUCGCGCAAAUGCUGGAAUGUCUUACAUGAGCAGUCAUGGUUACAAUACGGGGCGAUUCAUUCAAAAACAAGGAUUUGACUUCGUUUUCGUAGAAUGCGAGAACCGUAUGUGGAGAAUCGGCAAAAGCUGUCGUACAAUUCCCGCUUUUGUGAAAGCAUCAUUGGCAGUAAUUUGCGACUCACAAACUUGGAAUCGAAAACAAGGAUGCAGAUGCGAGAGUCUGAAAAGAGUGGUUGACUGGUGUGGAUGUUCUCCGUUAGUAUUCACAAAGGAGCACACUCAUAAAUUUGCUGUGAAGAACGCAGUUGCGAAACCGUUCUACUUUGCGAGGAAAUUCGAGAGUCUGGUUGACAUUGAUGCUAUUGCUUUGGCUGAAGAACAAGCGAUGCGAGAUAGAUCGCCGCCCUCCUACACAAACGAUGUGAUGUUCAACGUUACCUUUGUGAAUCACUACAAGGCUGACAUUGACGGAUACUGUAUGUUCUUUCUUGAAGCUACUACAACAUUUUCGCUGAUAUCCCACCUAUGA